UGAUAAACGUUUAUAAAAUGUUAUUCUAGUGUCGGACAAGUCCAACUGUUAUAACAGUUACCAAUAAAUAAUUUGUUUUGUUAAAAAUUGUAUUUUUAACAUCAUAGCUUCUACUCAAACUGAAUUUAAACCAGUUGCUUAACUAAAGUAUGCCCAUCCUACAAAAUCAUCAAUUACAAGUUUUCCAUAGAAUCUUUCGAAUAAAGAUACAAGAUAUCUUGCCAUCGUAGUGGAUCAAUAAACAAAACGCAAGUCAUUAACCUCCACAUCGGGUAGGUUGAUGCUGCCUCGGUGGUCGUUUCACAGAUUGCAUAAUAUCAACUAUUUCCUACUUGUAUCUACCAACCUGGUGCAUUUUGUUCAUUCUAUGCUUAUUAAAGGAAGUGGUUUUUUAUCCAACCAAUUCUCUGCAUUCAGAUGUUACAUGAACUUGCUGGACAUUAGCCUUGGCCGUGAGCACUCAUAUAAAUAGGCCUGGGAAGAAAGUGAAAACAAUAAUCUUUCUCCGAUAGUCUUUAAAACAGUUUCUGUAAAACCAAACCAUGGGACUUCUAAAGUUUGUCAUUUUGGGAUUAUUUGUCACGUGCAUAACAGCUCAAUCAGCGAAAACAAAACCUCAAACGAUUGUUAAAUCAUCAAUAGAUACAAAAGACACAAUUCAAAAAAGAAAUGAUGCUGUAAAAAUAGAAUAUAUACCUAUAUAUUUAUAUUCUAGAGAAAACUCGUUGGAUGGCGAUUACAAUUACAGGUACGAAACUGCGAACGGAAUUUAUGCUGAGGAACGUGGAGAAAUUUUAAAUAAAGGAACAAAAAAUCAAGCAAAUUCAGUCGUUGGCUCUUACAGAUAUACAUCCCCAGAUGGCACUCCUGUAGAAGUAACUUACACGGCCGGAGUUGAUGGUUUUAGAGCUUAUGGUACACAUCUACCUACACCUUCAGCGUCUGCCGCUCUUGACAAGAGUUUAUCACUCAAAGGAAAUGCUCCAUCUGCUUUAUUUUCUAGGACGCAACUUCGGUCAAUUGAUUCUGUUCCAGUGAGUCAUCCAGUUACUUUAGAAAAACAACAAGAGCUCGAAAAAGUAAAUAAUGUAGGACAACAACAAAACACAUUUGUUGUAACAGAAGAUCGCCGCGAAGUAGUAAAACCAGAGCAAGUUCGUGAGACAGAACCGGAGUAUCAACAACAAGUGAUAUUAGAUGACCGUUCAAGUGUAGAACAACAAAAACCUAUUGACGUAUCAUCUACAAAAAUUACUAAAGAAUUUUAUCCUACUGUGAGCGCUGAUGAUAUUGGUUUGCGCGAAAAGUCCAAUAGAUAUCAGUUAGUUCAAGAAGUACCUGUUCUGCAACCUAAAGGCUACAGUGAAGUGGAAACAGAAUUGUCAAAAAAACAACAAACUCAGGUUGUACUACAAGAUGUAGUUAGCGACCAAAAAGUUGAACCGUUUGGAACUUCUCAAACUUAUAUUGUCGGGCAACAACAGGUCGUGCUAAAAGGACCUGUUAGCCCAUUAUCUCAAGAAGUAGUUCAAGAUGCUGUUAAGUCUGAAAUUAAUAAAAAAUUUGAACCAUAUAGAUCUUCUCAACAUUUUAAUGUUGAACAACCUCAAGCAGUGUUAACAGAACCUGUUAAUCCAUUAACUCCAGCUGUAGUUCAAGAUGUUAUAAAGUCUCAAUCUGAUCAAAAGUUGGAUUCAUUGAGAUCUGUUCAACCAAUCAUUGUUAACAAACCAAAUGUAGUACCUGAACAAUCUCAGCUUACAUCUGUUGUUCCAGUACUUCGUCCUUCAUCAAUUCAAGGAGUUGUAGCGCAGCCAAAUCUUGUCCCGGUGCUUCAAAGGGUUUCUUCAAUAGUGGACCAACAGCAAAGUAGCAAAGUUUCACCUAAUUUAGUUGGUGUACAACGGUCAGUUUUAUAUAAUCAACCAAGAUCAAAUAGUUUUGUGGGCCAGAUUAAUGUAGAACCACAAUUAUUGUGGCUUUUGCAACCUAAUCAAGGACGUUUUUUACCAUAUCCUGUUGUACCCAGAACACUUGAACCGCCACGAUAUUUUAUUAUCAUAGCAUUUGUCGCUUAUAUAGUGGCUAAAACUCAAGGCUAUGAAUCUAAAGCUUAUUCUGGAUACGGAACCUCAACUACACCAUCUUUGUCAGCUGCAUCAUACCAAAAAAAUAGUGUAUCAUAUCCAAAAUCUUUGUCUUCAUAUCCAACAUAUUCUACAGGAACUUCAUCUGCUUAUAAAUCUAGUGUCAGGCAAAAUCAACUAUCUUAUUUAGCUCCAUCGGCACCUGUUUUUAUUCAACAAUCUGGUAUUCAGUCUGGUUAUCAGCCUGCAGUAUUAUUUGGCUAUCCGUCAAAUAUUCAAUCAAAUUAUCAACCAGGUUAUCAGUCAGGGAUUUCGGCUUACCAACCUACUGCAGUACCUCCAUCUUACUUAAAAAACUCACAAUUUGUAUACCAAUCUAAUGUUUCACCCGCAAUAAUCCACAAAUUUGGCGGUUCUUCUUUGCAAUCUACGCCUGUUGUGUCUUCUUUUAAAAAAAAUUCAAAGUUAAAUUAUCAGUCCACCUUGUCUCCUUAUAACUCAAAAUCGUCUACUAGUGCUGCAUUGUUAAAUCCAUCAUUUACUUCUCCACAAUAUCAAUCUCAACAUUUCCAACAAUCUGGACAGCGAAAUUUACAAAAACCUUCAUCAUCUUCGUUUUUAUACCAAAAACCUAUCUCUAAUACUGAAUUGCUUAAAGCUUCUUCUGAUUCCUCCGAUUUAUACAAACCUGCAGAAAAUGGAUUUAAUGCUUUUGCGCCAGGAAACAUUGCCGGGCCAGAAGAAGUCACUCCAAUUUUGUCUCAGAAUAGUCAACAAAAUUUAGGAGAUGGAUCUUAUUCAUAUAGCUAUGAAACAGGUAAUGGUAUUUCGGCCUCUGAAUACGGACAAUUAAAGCCAGGUGGUCCAGAAGGAAUUCAAUCAGUUUAUGGAUCAUAUAGUUAUCCAGGUGAAGAUGGAAAAAUAAUUACCAUUACAUAUACUGCCGAUGAAAAUGGAUUUGUUGCAAAAGGAGAUCAUCUACCGACAUCACCUCCAAUUCCAGCGGAAAUCCUUCAAUCUUUAGAGCAAAAUGCUGCAGAAGAAGCUGCUCAACAGCAGAGUUCGUAUGGACAAAACGGUAGUUCAGCUCCAUAUAGUCAAGAAUCUGAAGUCUACAACCAAGCACCAAAUACUGGUUCUUAUGGACAAAUUUCUGCUUCUAGAGCUUAUGGACAAACAUCUAACAUAAAUGCACACAGACAAAACCCAUUUUCUGGAUCAUACAACCAACCAACAAUUAAUGCACAUUACUUCCAGUCAUCCACAUCUGCCCCAAGAACUUCAAUAUACUAGAGAUCUCAAAGUAUUUCACAAUAUGGAACAGAUUCCUUCGAAUAAGCAAAGAUUGGUUUAUUGUAUGGAAAAGUUUCAACUAACAAUGAAGACUACAAAAUCCAGCAAAACAAACCAAACUCAACGAGCAGCUAACUAUAAGAAACACAAAAUUUUCAUUUAUUAAUGCUAAUUUUCACAGGAUAUUAAAUAUUACGUAUAAUAAUAUAUUAUUAUUUAUUUUAUUUUAUUUGUAAUUCAUUAAGUUAUUGUUUUUAAAAUAAAAAUUUUACUUGUUUUUUUUUUAAA